GCCGUGGCAGCAACAUCCAUCGUCCAGCAAAAUUUACAAUGAUUGACGAGCAGAAACUGAAGAAGAACUCGGAGAAUAAGCAGCGCUCCAGCAGCAAGCCCCACAAGAUGCACAAAAAAGGAGCCAGCGAUCCUUUGAGGAAAAAGAAAAAGGCGCUGAAGAAGCUGCGAAAGAGAUCGCCUCGGAUCAACUUCUCGUAUCAGCUGUUCCUGUAUCGGCAGGAGCUGAAGCGCGCCAGUGCGGAUUUCUCCUACUUGCGGCUGUCCAGGGCCAAGAUAAUGCUGACCAACGAGCUGAUAGCCAAGAAAAUUGGCAGCAACGAGCAGAUGAGCAGCGUGGACGAUCUCAAGAUGCUCAGCCGUGAGCUGCAGUUCAAGAAGCGUCUCGCCAGUCAGGUGGAGCGCCUGGAGGAGUUCAAGAACUUGGGCCUCACCGAAAUGAUACUCGACGGCAAGAAGACAACCCUAUAGCCAUGGCAGGGAGGAGGGAGAUCGUUAGGCUUGGGCUGGGCAUUACCUUAAGUUAGUUGUAAUCUGUU